GCGGGUUGUCCGUGCGCCACCAGACACUCCACCAGCACGCUGCCCGUGAAGGUUCACCUGCUGGCGAGCGCAAGAAACACCACACGAACCCUUUAUGACAAUAACCGGCGCACGCCACCCAACCAGAACACGCCCAACCAAAGCUCCGUGCUACAGUCGACACACUCGAUUGACACACACAGCAACAACCAUAUGCUGCUGCUCUGACACUUGGCUGCCCCCUCUCUCCCUCCCUACCUCUAGCUGUAUAUACCACCAACCGAGACCAUGUCGCGACGCAAAGUCCCAGAUGCCUGGGAUGACGACUGGGAGCCCGAAGGCGCCCCUCUCCCCCCGGCGGACGUCCCCAAGCCCCAGGCGAACAGUCGCAUGACCAAGGCCGAGAGGCUGGCUUUACACGAGGAGUCCAACCGAAAGCUCUGGCAGUCGGCGGACGCGCCCGACGACCAGCCCCAGUACCUCCCCGCCACGAACCACGUCAGCCCCGCCGCGCCGGCCUUCAAGCCCUCCAUGAAGGUGCUCAGCCGCCGGCCCACUCCAGCUAGGGCACCAGGAGCCGGCGGCGGCGACGACUAUGACGACGACGACGAGGCGAGGCGGCUGGCCGCCUCACAGCCGUCACCCGAGGAGGCCCGCCUCCGCCAGCAGCGCGAGCGCGAGGAGAGGCAGCGACGCUACGACGAGGCCCGCGCCAAGAUAUUCGGCGAGCCGGCGGCAGCGGCGAGGCCCGGCGCCGCAUCCUCGGGCGCCUCGACCCCGGGCGCCGUCACCCCUCCCCUGCAGCAGCAGCAGCACCACCACCACCACCAGACGGAGGCCGCCUCGGGCAACGCGGGCGGGCGCCAAAACGGGAAUCGCGGCCGCGGCAGGGGCGGGCGGGGAGGCUACAGAGGCGACAACCGCAGCCACGAUCGCGGUAACGCCAACGACGGCCAGAUGCGCCGGCCCCCGGGCACGCGGGAGCUCUACGACCCAAACUCUUCUCCCAAGCCGCAACAGAGGCGUGGCGGCGGCGAGGCUGCCUCCUCGUCGGGCACCACCACCCCGCGCGAGGAGGACCAGGUCCGGCUGCAGGCCUUGCGCUCGCCUAAGGGUCCCGAGGCUGGUGGCAGGGGCGGCUUUGGGUUCGCCAGGCCAGGUGGCGGAUCUGACAUAUGACGUCAAUCUCGUAUGCCUUGACCAUAUGCCCUAACCGUAUGAUUUCAUAUGCUACGCGCCUCGUACGCUAUGCUGCUAUGGUUGCCUCGCUAUCAAGAUUGGGCGAGCCGGCUGACGGUGAUGCCCACCAAACACUCUCCCGGAUAUCACCAGCCGCCUCCUAUCUUGCCGGCUAGCUGAACUACCCUCUCACUAUCGGUAAUGUUGGUCUUUCCAACGUCGCUGAUCACCUCACGAUAGCUGGUGAACACAAGCUUAUCCAGGGGCACGCCGGUGAUCUCCGCCCAAUGCGCCAGUGCGUUUCGCACAAAGGAUUGGUUAAUCCCGUCGACUAAACUGGCACAUCCAGGCGCACCGCUGCCGUCUGCCCCUUGACUGGCUGUCCCGGAUGGCUCGUCUCUCGCAUCACUAGCCGUCGAGUCGUCGGCCGAGAAGUACGCCUCGUCCACCUCGGCCAGAAACUGCUUCUGCUCCUGUGGGCCUGGUUUACCGGGAAACCCCCUUCGGGUCGCAACGACUUGAUCGUCUGCUUUCACCUGGCCGCCCCCGUUGGUGCAGCCUCCAGGACAGGCCAUGACUUCAAUAUAUGCAUGCUCCACGCCUCCAGCUCCCCCGGGCCCGCCCCCGCCCCGGCCCGUCGGCACUCUCCUAGCACUACCGAAGGGCUUGCCCCCCGGCAUUCGCGACGGCUUGGCUGGCUUUAGUUUUCGGACGAGGUUCUGAAUGUUGCGGAAGCCAUAGUACCUUGCCGCUCGGAACAGAGUCUCUCCGGAGGCUGCCACCACAGUGUACUCGACCACGUCCACAUUCCUGCCUCUGGCCGUCUCGAGCCUAGAUCCUGCGUGCGCCGAGAGCACGUCCUGCAGGAUGUAAUAAAGGUUCCCACCGGAGCUGCCCGCGGCCGGCAACGGCCUCUUUCUGCUGUUUUGUGGGAAGAAAAAUUCAUUGAUGGUGCUGUCGGGAAAUAGUUGCUGUCGCAACGACGAGGCGGGCAAGCUGAAAAAGUCGAUACUCCUCGAUUCAGUGAGCAUAAAUAUCUCCUUGCUGGUGAUAACACAGUCCACGUCGCGCGUCCCACGGCCUGGCGCACCGUUCCCGGCCCAGACUGCUUCUGUUAGCUCCUCGCGGCUAGCCUCAAGCUUCUUGUCGAAACAAGGCAUGAUGGAAAGAUGCCAUAUGCGGUCGGGUGGAAUGUUGAGCACGCGGCUCAGUGUCGUCUUUAUCAGGGUGCCAGUCAGGGCUUGCGGGGACUUGACGCGGGACAGGUGGGGUAGGACGUGCGGGUGCGUCUUCUCGGCGUAGCAUACCCAACCGGGGCACGAUGCUGUGAGAAUGGGCUUCUUGGCCAAGGCCGCGUCACCUGUCUGGUUGCGCCCGAGGACUUCAUCUGCGCCCAGAAGCAGGCAGGCGUCACGCGCAGCAUUGGUGUCGACAACCCACUCGAACCGGUUCCCCCAUUUGCCACCAGCCAUCAAUCCCUCUGGUCCCAUCAACAGCCUGUCCAACAUGCGGCCGGCCUGACUCUCGGACACCCCCUGGCUGCAGGCGGCGGCCAGACUUGCCCUCGACUGGGGCGACACGCUGGCAACGAAGAGGCGGCGGGCCGGAUCCUCCAGCCCGUCGACCGAGAAGCGACCUUGGGCGUCCGGCCCCCUGACCUGCAGUGCGGGGGCCGAGUCCAGGACGCUGAGCAGCUCCGAGUGGCUCUGCAGGCUGACCAGGACGGCCUCGGCCGACGUGACGCAGCCAGAGCAGGCGAGACAGUCGGUCAGGGAUAUCUGGGCGGGUGCGCCCGCGCCAGCCGACGAUGCCGCGCCCGGCUGGCCAUCUAGUAUGACCUCGUGCUCGAGGGUCGGAUCGCCAGCGGGCUGGCUGGGCGGUAGGGUCUCAACGGGCUUGAUGCAGGCGACGCCGGGGCUGAUGAAGUCGUUUAGGUCGUCGACCGAGAGGAUGGCACUCAUUUUGACCGUCUCGCGCCCCCGGCCGCUGGGAGAGGUGGGAAUGAGAUGGCUUUUGGUAGCUGCGGGUCGCGUUCCGGGUUGGUUCGAAGGGGAUGGCGAAGUGGGGGUUUUCCGAGAUGCGGCUUGCGUCGGGGUCCUAUUCUGUGAUCGCUUACCGUCCUACAGGCGGCAGACUGGGAGUUUCAAGCUGUAACUCGGGCUAAUUGCCACUUUUUGAAAAGAAAGAUUUGAUGUUUUUAAUGUGUUGGAUAGAGUAGCGAGAGCCGCAGAGGAGGGGCACACCUGGUGGGCAAAUGCGACCUGACAAAUCUCAAGAGCAACGCGCCGAGCCGGAGACAGUCCUUAUCGACAAGUUUUCUGCGCCAUGCCGCCGGAGAUGCAGCGUCCUCCCAUGCG